CUUCCAGUUUCCGGUUGAAGCGUAAAUGGAUCCAUGACACGGUUGUUUGGGGGGAAGCAAGCUUCAGUAAAACCAGUAAAACGUCCAAAUAAUCCCAGUUGGCGUUCUGACAUCGAACCGGUCGUCUGGUUCGUUUAGUACCGGCCGCGAUGGAGGCGGUCCCCCGGAUGCCGAUGAUCUGGCUGGAUCUGAAAGAGGCUGGCGAGUUCCAGUUCAGCCCGUCCGUCCGACAGUUCAUCUUAAAGAACUACGGAGAGAAUCCGGACAACUACAACGAACAGCUGAAGAAACUGGAGACCCUGCGGCAGAGCGCCGUGAACGUGACGAGGGACUUCGAGGGGUGCAGCACUCUGAGGAAGUAUUUUGGCCAGCUGCAUUACCUCCAGAGCCGAGUGCCCAUGGGACCAGGCCAGGAGGCCGCAGUGCCCAUCUCAUGGACUGAAAUUUUUUCUGGAAAAACCAUCACCCACGACGACAUCAGCUAUGAGCAAGCAUGCAUCCUCUAUAACCUUGGGGCUCUGCACUCCAUGUUGGGAGCCAUGGAUAACCGAGUGUCUGAGGAGGGAAUGAAAGUGUCGUGCACUCACUUCCAGUGCUCAGCCGGAGCCUUCUCCUACCUGAGAGACCAUUUCAGCCACAACUUCAGCGUGGACAUGAGCCACCAGAUUCUGAACCUCAACAUCAACCUGAUGCUGGGCCAGGCUCAGGAGUGUCUUCUGGAGAAGUCCAUGCUGGAUAACCGCAAGAGUUUUCUGGUUGCCCGUAUCAGUGCUCAGGUGGUGGAUUAUUACAAAGAGGCCUGCAGGGCUCUGGAGAACUCAGAGACGGCCUCUAUGCUUGGAAAGAUCCAGAAAGACUGGAAGAAGCUGGUUCAGAUGAAAAUCUACUACUUUGCUGCUAUCGCACAU